AUGUAUGCUACUAGCUUUCCUGGUGAACCGAAACAAGUUAGUUUUACACCAUAUAACGAUUCUCAAAUUAUGGAAAUAAUUAAAGAUCGUCUUUUAGCUGCAGCCUCUGCAGAAAAGGAAAAUUCAAUUAUGAUGUCAGAAAAACCAAUAUCAUCAUCUUUGAUGCAAGAUAAAGCAAUUGAGCUUUGUGCAAAAAAAGUUGCUGCUUGUAAUGAUUCUGAAAAUUCAUUAGAACAACAACAAAAAAUUUCAAUGCCAGAAAUUACAAUUACACAUAUUAAUCAAAUUAUUAAUACAGACAUCAUCAUUUCACCUAUUACAAAUAGAUUGCGAUCUUUGAAUCAUGCACAAAAAUUUCUACAAGUAUUUUCAAAAAGGAAUCCCACUUUGCCAUUGGAAACUAAUUUGUGUUCUUUAAAAGCAGCAACUGAAGUACUUAAAAAUUCCAAUGUAAUCAAAAUAUCUAGAGCUAAUAAGAUCACUUUGAGUGUUAGAGCGAAGGAUGUUGAAGAUAUCUUAAAAGACAAGAAGCCUUUAUUGAAGAAAGCUUUGAUAUCUAUCAGAUGUGAAAUAAGCGAAGAAAUUAAAGAGUAUCAAGCAAAAUUUCCAACUUUUAGACCACAUCUUGCCAUAAUUCAAAUUGGUAAGAGAGAGGAUUCUACUGUUUAUAUUCAACAGAAAAAACGUGCUGCCGAGGAAAUUGGAAUUGAAUUUAGCAUAUUCAAGAAAGAGGAAGAUAUUUCACAAAAUGAGUUGCUAUCGAUAAUUGAUGAUUUGAAUGAAAAUCCAUCAAUUCACGGAUUAUUGGUGCAAUUGCCUUUACCAAAUCAUAUUAAUAAAGAAAUUGUUACUGAAAAAAUCAAUCCUAAAAAAGAUGUUGAUGGUUUUCAUGUUGAUAAUAUUGGAAGUUUGGUUAAAAGAAAUGGCGAAAGAACAUUUUUACCUUGUACACCAAAAGGAAUUCUUGAACUAUUAAAUCGGACUGGUGUUGAGAUUGCUGGUAAAUGUGCUGUCGUAGGAUUUCCAAUGUUUGCUUUGUUAUCACAUAAAGAUGCAACGGUUACUUUGUGUCAUUCUAAAACAAAGAACUUGGAUGAAAUUGUUAAAACGGGUGAUAUUUUAGUUGUAGCAAUUGGGCGUCCUGAAUAUAUAAAGGGUGAAUGGAUAAAACCAGGUGCAAUUGUAAUUGACGUUGGAACAAAUGCCAUCGAAGGUGUAAGAUGGGUAGGUGACGUACAUUUCCCUAGUGCAUCACAGGUAGCAUCGUAUAUAACUCCUGUACCUGGCGGUGUUGGUCCAAUGACGGUUGCAAUGUUAUUAAAGAAUACAAUGGAAAGUGCAAAGAGAUUUUGGAAAAAUGAUAAAGAAAGAAAGAUAUCUAUUUUAAAUAUUGAUCCAUUAACUCCUGUGCCAUGUGAUGCUGAUAUUGCGUUUAAUCAACUUCCAAAACGAAUAGCUAUUUUGGCUCAAGAACUAGGCUUAACCAAAAACGAGUACGAGUUAUACGGAAAUUAUAAAGCAAAAAUAAACUUAUCAGUAUUAGAUCGAUUAAAGUCUAAAAAAAACGGCAAAUACGUCGUAGUAACUGGUAUAACGCCUACACCUUUAGGAGAAGGUAAAUCAACAACCACAGUUGGUAUAGCUCAAGCUUUAGGUGCACAUCUAGGCAAAAUAAGUUUUGCUUGUGUGAGGCAACCAUCACAAGGACCAACAUUUGGUAUAAAAGGAGGUGCAGCUGGAGGUGGUUAUUCACAAGUUAUACCAAUGGAUGAAUUUAAUUUACAUUUAACCGGUGAUAUACAUGCUGUAACUGCUGCUAAUAAUUUACUAGCUGCUGCAAUUGAUGCUCGUAUGUUUCAUGAAAAUACUCAAAGUGAUAAUGCAUUAUUCAAUAGAUUAUGUCCAGUAAAAAAAGGAUCUCGCACAAUUUCUCCUAUUUUAAUUAGACGAUUGAAUAAACUUGGUAUCGAUAAAACAAAUCCUAGUGAAUUGACACCUGAAGAAAUUAAAAAGUUUGUUAGAUUAGAUAUUGAUCCUGAUUCAAUUACAUGGAAAAGAGUUAUUGAUACAAACGAUAGAUUUUUACGUCGCAUAACAAUUGGACAACAUCCUACAGAAAAAGGUUUUACCAGGGAAACUGGGUUUGAUAUUUCAGUUGCAUCAGAAUGUAUGGCAGUUUUGGCUUUGAGUACAUCUUUAUCUGAUAUGAGUCUAAGAUUGGGUAGAAUGGUGGUUGCAACUUCUAAACAAGAUAAAUUAUCGAUAACUGUGGAUGAUUUGGGUUUAAGUGGUGCUCUAACCGUUUUAAUGAAAGAUGCUAUCAAACCUAACUUGAUGCAAACUUUGGAGGGUACCCCAGUUUUUGUACAUGCUGGCCCAUUUGCCAACAUUGCUCACGGAAAUAAUUCUGUGCUAGCUGAUAUGAUAGCUUUGAAACUGGCUGGUAUUUAUGACGAUGACGAUGAUGAUAAAAAAGGGUAUGUUGUCACUGAAGCCGGAUUUGGUGCCGAUAUUGGAAUGGAAAAGUUUUUUGAUAUUAAGUGUAGAGUAUCUGGUUUAAUCCCUGAUGCUGUGGCAUUAGUUGCGACUGUAAGAGCUUUAAAGAUGCAUGGUGGUGGCCCACAGGUUUCGCCUGGUGUUCCGUUACCUGAAGAGUAUUUGAAAGAAAAUCUAGAAUUAUUGGAAAAAGGAUGUUCCAAUUUAGUAAAACAUAUUCAAAAUGCAAAGAAAUUUGGAUUACCUGUUGUAGUAGCAAUCAAUCAAUUUACAACAGAUACCCAAAACGAGCUUGAUUUAAUUCGUAAGAUUGCAAUAGAAUCGGGUGCCAAAGAUGCAUUACCAUCAACACAUUGGUCUCAUGGUGGUAAAGGUGCAUUGGAUUUAGCUAAAGCAAUAGUUGAGGCUACCAAUUCUUCAUCAUCCGAUAAAAAAUUUAAAUUUUUAUAUGGAUUGGAUAAAUCAAUCGUCGAGAAGAUUGAAAUCAUUGCAAAAGAAAUGUAUGGAGCCGAUGGUAUUGAAUUAAGCGAUUUGGCUAAACAAAAAAUAGAAACUUAUACAAAACAAGGAUUUGCUAAUUUAUCAAUUUGUAUGGCAAAAACUCAUUUAUCAUUAUCCCAUGAUCCAUUGCUCAAAGGUGUGCCAAAAGGAUUUAUAGUACCAAUUCGUGAUAUAAGAGUUUCUGUUGGUGCAGGAUUUUUGUAUCCAUUAUUGGGCGAAGUACAAACAAUGCCUGAUUUAGACCCUGAUACUGGUAGAAUUUCUGGUUUGUUUUAA